AUGUCAUCAUCACAUUGUCUUGGAAAAGCUCGUGAUUCUCGACGCGAACGUGUGUCAAUACGUCGAGCAACAGUAUCGAAUAUUGUCAAUGGAAGUCGAGAGACACACAGUUUAUUUGAUGCUGUAAACGCUCAAGAUUAUGAUCGAGUUCUCGAUCUUCUUCAAACAGGUGCUGAUCCACGUAUCGCUGAUAAGUAUGGCCGUACUUCGCUACAUAUUGCAUCUACAAAACUCGAUGCUGCCAUAGCGAAAGGGUUGAUCGAUCAUGGUGCGGAUGUCAAUGUUGAAGAUUCACUUGGUAAUACUCCAUUGCAUUUGGCUUGUAUUAGUGGUCGAGUAGCGAUUGUUGGUGUUCUGCUUCGUGCUGGCGCAACUCUAUCAGCAACGAAAAGUCGAGCAAUGCCAUUAACUCUGACAUUGAGUCGUUUACAAUCAAUGAUGAAUGAAAAACGUACAAUAUCUUCUCCUGAUAUGAAAACUGAAAUACUCGAAUUAAUACGUCUACUAAAAAAUCGCGCGUCGUCAUCACAUAACAACAAUAAUGAUGCAAUUUCGGAUCUUUGUUCUCAAUUAGAAAAUUUAAACUCCUCUUCAUCAAAUGAUUCCACACUAGAUCCUUCAUUAUUUUCUAAUCUAACAAUUUCUAUAUAUAAAAAUACAACUAAUGGCCAACAAACAUCGUCGAAAACACUGUUUCUCAUUCGUCAUGGUCAAUCGCUUGCCAAUCGUGAUUACGACGAAUCUGCUGCCUAUCGAGAUGCUGGCUUAACAGACCAAGGCAUUGCUCAAGCCAGAGCUUUGCAAAAGCAACUCGCAGCUCUACAAAUUGAUCUUGCUGUGGUCAGUCCGUUAACACGGGCAUUGCAAACAUGUCAAAAUGCACUACCACCGUCAUAUACCGGACCAAUUCUUGUCCUACCUGAAAUAGCUGAAAUUUGUUCCUCGCAUUAUAGUUGCGGACAAAAGCGUAGUGUAGUUCAACCCAAAUUUCCAGUCUCGUUCGAUUGGACCAAUGUUCCGGAAGAUGAAAUCUGGUGGUGGCAGUAUGAUAAGAAGCGCUGUAGUGAGAGCAAUGAUUACCAAUCGGCACGAAUGGAAAAAUUUCGUCGUUUCAUUCAAGAACGACCUGAACAACGUAUCGCAGUUUUCUCACACGGUGAUUACUUAUGGGAACUCUUGGAAGGCAAAUGUCCUUAUCCAGCUAAUUGUCAAGUGACUACGUAUAAGAUGUAA